UGUCAAAACACUAGCUGCUCCAUGUUACAACAAUAUGAUGGACCUUUUCGAGACCAACACUUAUUUUUUCAACGAGUUGCGUUACCUAGACGGAGACCAUGGAUCGCUGCAACACUUGGACAUGACCGUAGUGUCGCCUCUGUACCCAGGGAAUGAUAGCCCAUUGUCACAGGCACAAGACCAAGUGCCGUCGGAAAACGGAGAAGAUAGCAGUGAAGAGGAGCACGUUUUAGUGCCGCCGCGGCUUCAGGGGCAUUGCGAGGGUCAGUGCCUCAUUUGGGCGUGCAAAAUUUGUAAAAGAAAGGCUGCCCCGACAGACAGGCGCAAAGCGGCCACACUACGUGAAAGAAGGCGGCUUAAGAAAAUCAACGAAGCAUUUGACGCUUUGAAAAAAAAGACUGUGGCUAAUCCUAACCAACGCUUGCCAAAAGUUGAGAUUUUACGCAGCGCCAUAAACUACAUUGAAAAAUUGCAGGACCUCUUGCACACACUGGAUGAGCAGGAGAAAACGUCGGGGAACGAACCGUACACUUAUAACAUCAAAGAACAUAUGGCCUGCAAUGAACAUAAUUGGAAAAAAAACUGUCAAAAUUGGCAGAACGGCGACAGUGACCAUUCUAAUGCACCAAUGACGAGUCAUAGAGAAGGCAAUGCUGUUGAUUCCUCUGGAUCAAGUAGUCUUCGGCGCCUUUCUUCGAUUGUUGACAGUAUUUCAAACGAAGAGACGAAAAACAAUUUCACUGAAGAUGUCUUGGAAAAAUGAACAAUACAUUUUUUAACUAACUUAUUUCCACGUGUUUUCUUUAAUCAGAAGAGUGGCUUACGGUGUCUUGGUUCAUUGAAUUUCUCCACCAUUUGAUCCCGACCAGAAUUGCUAAACUGAUAUUCCAGGAUUUUUUUGUCAUUACUAGUAUCACUGUGUAUUGUUUUUAAAUGAAAGUUUGAUUACUGUAAAUAUUUUAUAUUUUAAGAAUAAUGUAAUUUAUUUUUAUUUAUACCGAAAAUCCAAAAAUGAUUAGAC